AGGUUCACUCUGGUCACAUGACUGUCAUGUGACGUCAAGACUUCCUGGCGGCAGUUUGAAGCAGUCGAUGGUUUUUGAAGUCGCGCUGCUUAGAAUCGUGCAAUUAAAAAAGGAAUAUUAGUAACGUUACACAAAAGCCGCUGCAGAAAGAACCAGAAGCGACGGUAAGUGAAACAAGUUGUUUACAUACGCUCACUUGGUGAGUGCAGUUUUUUUUAUUUUAUAUCCUUACCCGGUCAUUAUAAACAACUGGAAAGUCACUGGAAUUCAUUGGUUAUGAGAUACAAAAUGAUGAGUCUCAGUCAUCAUGAUGAGGCCUCUUCAGAUGUUGAUCCAGUUGAAAGGAACAACAGUCUGCCUGAUACAGCAUCAGCUUCUGAUGAAGUGACACCCACACGUUUAUUAAAAAUGAAAGAAAUAAUGGAAAAUCAGUGCUUUGAAAUGAACGUUAAAGUCAGCAUGGGAAAACAUAAAGAGUCAUGUGAAGCUGAUGCAGACCUGUCUAAGUAUGAAAGUGAAAUAGAGCAGGCAAGACUCUCAUAUUUCAACAAAACACUGGUAUUGAACAGAAUGCAGAUUUGGAAUGCCAUCACUGAAAAGAUGAUUCAGAAUGAUGCAGAUGCUGAGGCACUAAAAGAACUGACCAAUCAGAACACUGAGAUCUGUGAAAAGACCCUGAAAAUUUUAAAGGAAACACGAGAGCUUCAGGAUCAGAUCACAGAUGUCCAAAAAGAAAGACUUGACCUAAAAGGACAAAUUAAGAAGAAAAUGCAGGAGAUAAAUGAGUUGAAACAGGUGAAGGAAAACCAAGGAGAAGUCCAACAGAGAGCCAAAGAAAGAGCUGAAGCGGUCCUACAGAAAUACCAGAAGGUCACCACCAUUUUACAAAAUGUGCUUCGGGGAAUCAUACUGGCCAGUAAAGUCAACUGGAGGGAUGAUCCUAAAUUAAGGGACGUUGCAAUGGGAUUAGAAAACAUUCCCAACUAAAGACCUGUUUGAACACAGUUAUCCAAUGUAUGUAAUUUACCUGUAAAUGUGCUCACUGUUACCAUGUUCAGAGUUAUGCAUAUUUAAGCUUUUUAUAACGGCUCAUUUGAAAAUGUUUUAAAAGCAUUCUGAAUGUGAGAUAAAUGUUAUUAUAUUAAUUCCA